CCCUCCUACGCCUCCCCCAACCCUGGGACUCCCACUCCUCCCCUCCCCGCCAGGCCUCCUGCCCUCCCAGGCCCUCCGUUACCACCCAGCUCUGGGAAAGCCGGAGUCUGGCUCCCAGACACCACUGAGCGCCGAGUCCUCCAGCCUGUCUAGAGCGUACCGGAAGUAGCUGGUGGAAGGCGACGAGGCGCGGACUGGAGGAGAACUGAGUGGCCGGCACUUCCGGCCGGCGGUGGCUGCUCCGGGUGAGCAGGCCCCUGAAGUGCUGUGCCUGGAGAUACCAUCGUGGACCCUGGAGAGGCACCCUGCAGCUUAUGCGGUAAAACCUCGACCACCCCAGACCUGGUCAGUUUGAGGGGAGCUGCUACCACAGUAUCCACUGAGGCCGGGGUUCCGGUCGUGUGGAGCAGCAGAGGGGAGUCUGACAGGGUCACCUCCUCCACAGAGAGAACUGGCAGCUGACUGCACUGCCAGGAGCCAAGGCUUGGGUGUGUGGAGCCUGGAAGACCAGGGACACCUGAGGCAGGAGGUGCAGCGUAUGGAGUGGGGAACCCGAGACGGACUGGGGCCUGUGCUCAGGAUCAGGCAGGCAGAGUGGAGAGGGAGAGACGGAGCCCUGGAAGGGGAGCAGGAGGAGGGGGAGUAGUGGCAGCAGCCCAGGCCAGGCGUGUGUCCUGCAAGUGCUAGGACCAGCUACCCCUCCCCAUGGCCUCCAAGCCGGCUGCCGGGAAGAGCGGAGGGGAGAAGCGGAAGAGGGUGGUGCUGACGCUGAAGGAGAAGAUUGACAUCUGUACGCGCCUGGAGAAGGGCGAGAGCCGGAAGGCACUGAUGCAGGAGUACAACGUGGGCAUGUCCACCCUCUACGACAUCAGGGCCCACAAGGCACAGCUGCUUCGGUUCUUCGCCAGCUCGGACUCCAACAAGGCACUGGAGCAGCGGCGCACGCUGCACACGCCCAAGCUGGAGCACCUGGACCGCGUCCUGUACGAGUGGUUCCUGGGGAAGCGUUCCGAGGGCGUCCCUGUGUCAGGCCCCAUGCUCAUCGAGAAGGCCAAGGACUUCUACGAGCAGAUGCAGCUCACUGAGCCCUGUGUGUUCUCUGGAGGGUGGCUUUGGCGCUUUAAGGCCAGACACGGCAUUAAAAAGCUAGAUGCAUCCAGUGAGAAGCAGGCAGCCGACCACCAGGCCACGGAGCAGUUCUGUGGGUUUUUCAGGAGCUUGGCUGCCGAGCACGGGCUGUCCCCCGAGCAGGUUUACAACGCUGAUGAGACCGGCCUUUUCUGGCGGUGCCUGCCAAAUCCCACUCCAGAAGGCGGGGCCGUGCCUGGCCUCAAGCAGAGCAAGGACCGGCUGACCGUGCUGAUGUGUGCCAACGCCACAGGCUCCCACAGGCUCAAGCCCUUGGCCGUCGGGAAAUGCAGCGGCCCCAGGGCUUUCAAAGGCAUCCAGCACCUGCCUGUCGCCUAUAAGGCCCAGGGGAGCGCCUGGGUGGACAAGGAGAUUUUUUCCGAUUGGUUCCAUCAUAUCUUUGUGCCCUCGGUGAGAGAGCACUUCAGAACCAUAGGUUUGCCGGAAGACAGCAAGGCCGUUCUCUUGCUGGACAGCUCCCGGGCUCACCCGCAGGAGGCCGAGCUGGUGUCCAGUAACGUUUUCACCAUCUUCCUGCCUGCCAGCGUGGCCUCAUUGGUGCAGCCCAUGGAGCAGGGCAUUUGGAGAGACUUCAUGAGGAACUUCAUUAGCCCUCCGACCCCCCUCCAGGGCCCUCACGCCCGCUACAAUAUGAAUGAUGCCAUAUUCAGCAUGGCCUGUGCCUGGAACGCAAUUCCCGGUCACGUCUUCAGGCGGGCCUGGAGGAAGCUGUGGCCAUCAGUUGUGUUUGCUGAAGGCUCCUCCUCUGAGGAGGAGGUGGAGGCAGAGCACUUCCAAGCGAAGCCCCACAACACAUCCUUUGCGCACAUCCUGGAGCUUGUGAAGGAAGGCUCCUCCUGCCCGGGCCAGCUUUGCCAGUGCCAGGCCGCCGGCUGGGGUGUAGCAGGAAGGGAGGCAGAAGGGGGACAACCCCCUGCUGCCACGUUGCCAGCAGAGGUUGUGUGGGGUUCAGAAAAGACUCCGAAAGCUGACCAAGACGGUGGAGGAGAUCCUGGUGAGGGUGAGGAGGCGGCUUGGGAGCAGGCAGCCGUGGCCUUCGAUGCGGUCCUGCGCUUUGCGGAGCGGCAGCCGUGCUUCAGUGCACAGGAAGUGGGGCAGCUGCGAGCGCUGCGUGCCGUGUUCCGGAGCCAGCAGCAGGUGAGGAGGUGGCGUGGCGCCCUCGGGGCUGUGGUCAAGGUUGAAGCCCUCCAGGAGGGCCCUGGUGGCUGCGGGGCCACGGCUCACUCUCCCUUGCCCUGCUCAUCCACAGCAGGUGACAACUGAUGGCUUCUCUGCCCUGUCCUGGCCACUGCACCCUGGAGUGGCAUGGUCCUGUGCCCCGACCCCACCUGAGGCAGGAGGGCGUGUGCAGACACUCAAGAGCCCUUCCAGGAGCGGGUCGCCCACAGUGUGGCUCGGGUGCUCAGGACAGUCUGUGCCCGAGGUUCCUGUCGAUACAGGUUUUAUCACUUGCCAUGUCAUCCGAAAGUGAGGAAAUGUUUUGGAAGGGUCCACCCUAGCCUAGAACAAGCCAGAGCCUCACUCUGGCUGGAAUGGGGGCCAUGCGGGGCUGAUCUGGCCUCGUGUUCGCUGGCUGAUCAUUGCAGUAUCAGAGGGUGGAGAUGUCUGUCUGUCCAUGUGGAGAGAAGUUGCCCUCCAGGCCAACAGGAGGCCAUGCCCACCGCCCCUGGACAAGCUUCGUCUCAGAAGGCUCUAUCUGCUGGGCUGGCGGCCAUCCCCUUGUUGGGUGGACCCCGGCACGAUGCCUGAGGGCCAAUGGCCGAGAGCUGGGACUCAGUUCUUGGCCUGCUCUCGGCUGAAGAGGCCGCACGUCUCACUUCAGUCGUGGCCUCGUUCAGCAGAAUGACUGGAACCAUCCUCUGUUACCCGCAGAUCCCAUCCCAUGGGCUCUGGCCCCAGGAUGUGGGGGGCCCCACGGAGAGUUGACUUGGUAGAGUUUCUUUCCGUGAAGAAAGUAGGAGUGGCUGACCAGGCCCUGCUCAUCACCCGGAUACAGGACACAGACCCUGCGUGGUAUUUUGGCAUUUUGGCUCAGAGUGCAAUGUGCCAUGUUGCCCAGAAUUUCAUACUUACGGCCUUUACAUGAAUACGUCUUGAUCAGGCGUUCAGAGAUUAGUCUUAGGUUUGCACGUAAGUCACUGGAAACAGUAAAACAGGUUGCUUAGAUUUCCAGCAAUUAUAUUUGUGCUCUUAUCCCCAGCUGUUAGCACGUUAGUAAUACCUUGGGGAGGAGUUGUCUGUCCUGGUCAGUGUUCACAGAUGCGGUUGUAAGAGGAUGUGGUGAUUUUCUCCACGUCUGCAGCUGCUUUGCAGCAUCUCCAUUUCACGGGCAGCACUCGCUUCCUGCAGCUGAAAUUCCAGAAUGCCCUGUGUC